AUGGUAUCUUUUGAUGUUACAUCCCUUUUUACUUCUAUUCCCCAGGACCUGGCGAUCGAGACAAUUGAACUGCUACUACAAAGCAAAUACGAUGAAACGGAGAACCGUCUUGGACACGCCCAAAUCCUUCAGCUCCUGAAGCUCUGUCUCAGGACGUACUUCACGUUCGACGGGACAAUCUACGAACAGGUGAAGGGCACACCAAUGGGUUCGCCGAUUUCGGGAUUCAUCGCCGAGGCGGUCCUGCAACGGUUAGAGUCGCUGGUCUUCCAACACCACAGACCGAAAUUCUGGGCCCGGUAUGUGGAUGAUACCUUCGUCGUCAUCGAACGGGAUCAGGUGUUGACAUUCCAAGAACAUCUCAACGCCGUCUUCCCGGACAUUCAAUUUACGAUGGAGGAGGAAGAGAACAACCAGCUGGCCUUCCUGGAUGUCCUCGUAUGCCGCAAGGAUUGUAGUGGACUACAGACCAAAGUGUUCAGGAAAGCGACAAAUACGAUGCAAGUACUGAACUUCAACAGCAAACACCCAAUCAUCCACAAACGCAUUUGUGUAAGGACGCUCUAUCGGCGUGUCGAAACGCACUGCAGUGAGCCGGAAGACAAGAUUGCCGAAUUGCAAUACCUACGACGGGCCUUCAAAGCCAAUGGCUACCCGCGCAACUUCGUCGACCGGUGCAUACGCAAAAGGGACGAAAGGCCUAACCGCACGGACACCAAGUCUUGGCGGGCACUUCCGUAUGUCAAGAACGUUUCGGAAGCUGUCGGCCGCCUUCUCGCACCACUUGGGGUUGGAGUGGCACACAGACCGGAGGCAACCAUCAGGCGUCUGAUCAUGAAACCGAAAGACCCACUGCCACGGCUAGAAACGUCUGGAGUCGUUUAUCGAAUCUGGUGCAGUUGCGGACAAAGCAACUACGUCGGAGAAACCGGAAGACAGCUCCGAACGAGAAUGGUCUAA